AAAGAUGAUGACAUUGAAGAGGGGGAUCUUCCUGAACACAAGAGGCCUCCAGCACCGAUAGAUUUCUCAAAAAUUGAUCCAGGGAAGCCUGAAAGUAUCCUGAAGCUGACAAAAAAGGGGAAGACUUUGAUGAUGUUUGUCACGGUGUCAGGAAAUCCCACAGAAAAGGAGACUGAAGAAAUUACCAGCUUGUGGCAGGGCAGUCUCUUCAAUGCAAACUAUGAUGUGCAAAGGUUUAUUGUUGGCUCAAAUCGUGCCAUCUUUAUGCUACGUGAUGGCGGUUAUGCCUGGGAGAUCAAAGACUUUCUGAUAAAUCAAGAAAGGUGUGCGGAUGUUACUCUGGAAGGUCAGGUUUAUCCUGGCAAAGGAGCAGAAGAAAGUGAGAAAGUGAAAAACAAAACAAAACCUGAAAAAGCAAAGAAGAAAAAAGACGGAGACAAGAAAUCUAAUAACAUCAAAGAGGACAACCGAGCGACCAAACAGAGAGAGGAUCUAUGACGGAUGCGUUAACCAGACUGAAUACUGCUCUGCUGUUCCUUGAAGGGAAACUAAAUUUCCAUACAAUUCCUGGCUUUAUUGGGGGGUGGGGUGGGGGGAGGAAGGAAGCAAGCAGAGAUUACUGAGGUUAAAGGACUUCUGUGUUGAAAUUCACCAGUUUACUUAUUAAUGUUGGCCAUUUGUUUAGUUACAG